AUGUUUAGUAAUACUGCCUAUAUAUGUUUAAUUUAUUUAACCUCAGCGUUAGUAUUGACGUUGGCCGGUCGGGACUUUUAUCAAAUUCUAGGUAUAUCUCGUUCAGCAUCGACAAAUGAAAUCAAAAAAGCUUACAGAAAAUUAGCAAAAGCUUUACAUCCAGACAAAAAUCAAGAUGAUCCUGAAGCCUCUCAGAAAUUUCAAGAUCUUGGUGCAGCAUACGAGGCUCUCUCGGAUCCGGAGAAACGAGAGUUGUAUGAUCGUUGUGGUGAAGAUUGCCUAAAGAAAGACGGUAUGAUGAAUAACAAUGACCCGUUUGCUAGCUUCUUUGGUGACUUUGGUUUCCAUUUUGGUGGCGAGCAGCAGCAUCAAGAGACACCCCGCGGCGCCGAUAUCAUUAUGGAGCUGACUGUCACCCUUGAAGAACUGUAUAAUGGCAAUUUCAUAGAGAUAACGCGUAAUAAGCCUGUGAUCAAACCAGCAUCUGGCACUCGAAAGUGUAAUUGCAGACAGGAGAUGGUGACAAGGAACUUGGGCCCUGGGCGCUUCCAGAUGAUGCAACAGACUGUGUGUGAUGAAUGUCCUAAUGUGAAGCUUGUAAAUGAGGAAAGGCUGUUAGAAAUUGAGGUGGAAGUUGGUGCCCCAGAUGGUCACAAAUCAAGACUUAGGGGAGAGGGUGAACCACACAUGGAUGGUGAACCAGGCGAUUUAAUAUUCGUCUUUCAUACUGAGAGGCAUCCACAGUUCACACGCAAAUUGGAUGAUCUCUACACUAAUGUCACAAUAUCUUUACAGGAUGCAUUAACUGGUUUCACAAUGGAAAUAGUACACCUGGAUGGCCACAAAGUAUCUGUAUCUAGGGACAAGGUUACUUGGGCUGGUGCUCGUGUCCGCAAGAAGGGUGAAGGCAUGCCCAACUUUGAAAACAACAAUCUCCAUGGAAAUCUUUACAUAACUUUCGAUAUUGAAUUCCCUAAACAAGACUUCACUGAAGAAGAAAAAGAAGCACUGCGGAAAAUACUUAAACAAACACCAAAUAACAAAAUAUAUAAUGGACUAUAG